GUCUGUCUGAAACGUCAAGGGUUUUCCUAGUUCACUGUCAACAGGGAGCAGACGUUUGACCACAGAUUGCAGAGUCUUAUAGUUGCGCAGGCUGUGAGAGAUUUCUUUCAGUGACACAGCAUGGUUUGGUCGGCUUGGUACUGUCGUGUUUGUCAUACUCAUUCAUCGACUUUGAACGACCUAUCUCACGAUUCUCAGACGCUGUCUUCUUCAUUCAAAGCUCCCUGCGAUGUCUAGAACUGCGUGAGGCUAAAACAGGAAAACUCUUCAAUUUCCUUAUCUUGACUGACAUAACAUCUAACAGCACCGUUAACUAAAGUCGACACAAAGUCUAGAACCGUACUAUUAUUACCAAAGUUAAAGCCAUAACAUUUCGACAAGAGGGGCUCGUGGUCUUGACGGUAAGAAACCAUUGAAAUUUGAAUUGUAAAGUAAAUAUUUUAUAAGCCGAACCACAAAGAGAAAAUACCAGAAAAAUAGCAAAACAUUAAUAUUGUUUUCCAUAAAUGGUUGAGUUUUGGUACACCUUUAAGAUUUUCUUGCUAAACAAAUGAAACUGAUAUGAAUAAUCUCAAAAAAAUUGAAGAAGAAAAAAAAAAUGCAAGAAAAAAAAGCCGUUGUUUUGACGAUAAUCUAAUCAGUGUUUGUCAUUAUUAUUUUGAUGUUUUAUAUCAGGUAUUAUCACCACCAAUAUGCAUUUUAUUUAUCAUGACAAAUAUGCACCAUUUGAUAUUUGGUAUAAAGUUGACAAUAUAUAUCGCGUUCUUGCGGUUUUGUAGUCAAAUGCGCGGUUUUUGUAUAUUUACUUUUACAUUGGCCUUGGCGCAAACUCGCUUUGAACAGAAAUGUACACUGGUAAGGUAACUCAAUGUUGCUUGUUUAUGAACAGAUUGAAGCGUUUCAAUCAUAGAGCACAAAAAGUACCGUGAUAGAUGCUUGAAUUAGCGUUCUGUGUUGCCAUGCCCAUUGUACAGACACUAAAAGUGUGCAAUAUCAUACCACAAAAUACUGAUAAAUUGCGCUAAUGAUAUUGUUUUCUAUUGUUCAGCUAGCACUAUUUAGUAGUAAAAUAGUUUAUUGUGUUGCACACUUUUAUUAUUUGUACUGGCUACUGAUAGCUAAUACAUCCUCGGUAAAUAGAAUCAGUACAUGUCCUAUUAUAAACCCACAGCAGAAAAUCCAGCUGUCACGGCCUAUACAAACAGAAAGAAAAAUAAUAAUGAAUGUCUGAAUAUUAACAGUUUAAACCAACUUAUUCGAACGGUUGUCAAAUGCAAAGUAUUUCUCUUUGCGGAGACUUUGAUUGCAUUCAUGUUUCUGUCGGCAUCGUGAGAAAUGUGUCGGACGGGUGUACAGCUCACUAAAGCCGAAAGUCGCAAAGAUUUAAACGAAUAUCAUCAUGAGUACAUGAUAUCAUUAUGAUGGAUUGCAUGGCUAAUAAGUCGGUCCAGCAAAUCAUGAAGAAUGGUCAUAUUAAAUUGCUAUUCAUAAUAGCAAAUGCAGUCAAUCCAUAUCACAUCCAAUAAUAAUGAUACUAUGUCGUUAUUUGUGAUUGUCUGUACAAUAAGCCGAUCCAUAUCACUGUAUAAUAAGUGAGUUCAUAUCAAUGAUGUACAAAACCGAUUCCAAGUAUGUACUCUAUCGCUAUCAUAGUCCAAUCUAUAUCACUCAUAUCAGCUCAUAUCACUGAUGUACAUAUCCAAUAAUAUGAUACCCUAUCACUAUUUGUCAAGUCCUGUACAAUAAGUCGAUCCAUAUAUCACUUCUUACAUAGUCCAAUCUAUAUCACUCAUAUCAGCUCAUAUCACUGAUGUACAUAUCCAAUAAUAUGAUAUCCUAUCACUAUUUGUCAAGUCCUGUACAAUAAGUCGAUCCAUAUAUCACUUCUUACAUAGUCCAAUCUAUAUCACUCAUAUCAGCUCAUAUUACUUAUGCACAAAUCCGAUAAUAAUGAUAAUCUAUCACUGUUUGUCACGUCCUGUACAAUAAGUCGAUCCAUGUAGCAUUCCAUAUGAUAAGUCAGCACAUAUCACUGAUAAAGAUCCAUAAAUAAUGAUCUAUUCUAUCGUUAUUUGUAAUUGUCCGUACAAUAAGUUGGUCCAUAUCACCGAUAUACAAUGAUACCACAUAAUGACUUUCCAAUGCUGUCACAGUAGAGAAACUCCCAUCAUGUAUGUCAUCAUCAUCUAUUUUUAUCGCUCAGUUUUGCGUUAGGCUGACCACCGAGACUCAACACCGACGGUGACUAAUACUAAUCACUUCACGGAGUACUUUCUCAGUUACAUUACUGUAUGUAAUAGCGUUAUAAACGAAGCCCAUUAAACACUAACGAAUCCAGGCUUCUCAGUAACUCUAUUUGUUCUUUUUCUCUUGUAUUUUUGCCGACAAUAUAUAUCAGCGACCUUUGUAAGUUUAGUUGAGUUGUCUUUCAGUAAUGUGAUUGGCCGAGUCGUGACGUCCGUCAAACCGCUAGAGGGUUCGUAUCUUGGUUUUUUAGCCACCAACCGACAGCUAACAACAUAGAUGACUUGAAGAGAUAUGUUAUCAUGCCUAUUACAAUAUGGUACUUAUGCGUUAAAACUGAGUGACUUAAGUUGAAAAUUUGAUUUUACACUUUUCAUUAACUGCCUGAGAGAAAAUAGGUUUAACGACAAAAUAGAGAAAGUAAAAGAAAACAAAUAGAAGUGAGGGCAAAGAAGAAAGGAAGCAUGAAGGAAGGAAGGAAAAAAAGAAAACACAGACUUGAAUGAAGAUAAAGCAGUAAGAAAAGAUGGCGAAAAGGAUAAUAGAAAAAGAUGAAAUGAAAGAAAAGUGUGAUAAACUAUAGAAAUUUCUUCUUCAUUAGACAUUCUCUUUCAGUUUCUCUAAAGAGCCAAAAAUGGCAGCAAUGCAAUAAAGAUGGUGUUAGUAACACCGAAACCUAGUUGAAAAAGAAAACAAUUAAUAUUUGAUAAAGGAAUUGUUUGUUGAGCGCGCUGCGUUUGUUGAUCUGUGUCGGCGAUGAAGUCAGCAAACAGUUUUACACUUGAAACUAACCACUUGUUUUUUCUAUGGUGAAUGAUUGUAAAAACUCGUCAUUCCCACAGCAAUGAACUUAAUGACGAACAAGGACUACUUUCCUAGAUUCUGUCAUUGCUAGACUAGUCUACUUAAACCUUUUUGUCGGGAAACUUAAAAGAGUACAGCCUGAGCACCAUGCUAUGGUGUACUCAAAAAUGACGGAUGACAAAGAUUUCCUAAGGCUGUAAAUCUAGCUUUCAAUAGAUGAUUUACAUUGCCCUCGUUUAAGAGGUUCUUAAACCUUGCUACUAGGCGAACAAAAAGAGCCCAGCUGAGGGGGCUUAGAAAUAUUAUUCAAAGGCUGUUUCUCAUUAUCGUGUCACCAGACUUAUCGAUUCUAUUUCGAUCAUUUCAGGGGCUGCGCUGACAUCACUAGAAUCUCUACACCAAAAACACUUUUGCAUAUUAACCGCACGUGUGUAGUGGUGCAGCGGUGGGAACAACCUAUAAGAUUUGCUUUAUCUAAGUCUUGUAUCUAAAAGCUUAGAAAAACACUUUAUGAACUGAGGAAUAACUGGGAUUUCAACGCGAAUUAUAUUACAGUCAAUCCAUUGGAACUCCAAGAAUGCGAUAUGAUGGUUGAACAUAAUACGUCCACAAAUGGUUUUAAUUCAACGUUACCAUUACUACUGGGUGAAACAUUACCCAUCAAAAUCACUAAAUUGGUUUGUUAUGCGCUUGUCUUUAUAAUUGGAGUCAUAGGGAAUGCUUUGAUCUUUCGUAUGGUUGUACGGCGCAGAAAACUGCAGACUGUCAGCAACUAUUUGAUCUGUAACUUGGCAGCAGCAGAUAUAGCUGUAUUGACUGUCAAUCUACCAUUCAGGCUGGCUUACCAAGAGAACUCCUACAUUUGGCCUUUUGGUUGGUUUUUGUGUAAAAUAAUCCCAAUGCUUACUUAUUUAUUCAUCACUGCUUCAUCGGCGACACUUGUGAUCAUGGCUCUAGACCAACACCGAGCUGUAGUCCAUCCAUUGAAAAAGCGAAUUACCAUCACCCAGACUAAGAUUGUCAUUGGUGUAGUUUGGUUCGUAUCGGCUCUGAUUACUUUACCUCUUAACUUCUUUUUACAACUGGUAGAUCGUAAAGGAAGACCUGUGUGUACUGAUAUAUGGCCAAGUUUACAAUUUGAACAAUGCUAUUUUGUAAUGCUGUUUUUUCUUCAAUAUCUCCUUCCUAUGUCCGUAAUUAUUGGUUUUUACUCACAUGUCUGCUUAAAGCUUAAAUACCCUCCUAUGGAAGUGGCUUUAGCUCAGAGUUUACUGCAAUUGAGGGAGAAACGGAAUAAAAAGGUCAUCAAGAUGUUAAUCGUCAUCGUGGCUGUCAACGCAGUCUUAACCCUGCCUUACCACGUGACCUGGUUGAUCGCCAUAUUUGGACAUCCCCAUUCCAUUGUCAAGAAAUUCUGCGUGUUGCUGGUUAUAGCAACUAGUGCAGCACAUCCCAUAAUAUAUGGCACUCUAAAUAAGGACUUUGCUAAGGGUUUCCUUAGCUACAGCCAAUACAUCCGUUGUGUAAAGUGUUUUAGAGAACAAGUUUCUUCGUACACAGAAACAUUACGAAAAUAUUCUAACCAGAACUCACACCUGGUGGGAAGAAGUUCACUUUCUCAGUCGAACCAAGUCUACCUCGUCCAUGAGAAAAGUCGUCUAAACAGCGUCCCAGCUCUAACGGACAAUGGCAUCAUUGUGGUCAAUGAGUAUGAAACGUGCUUAUAGUGACACAGGAACCCCGAAAAUGCUAGAAACAAAACUUCCACAAGAGAUCGUGAUGGGCAUGUAAAACCAGUCAUGAUUAGAACUAACAAAGGAACUUCGCAGUGGCAAUAUAGAACCACGAGAUUCUUCAAACAGGGAUCCCGUACAUUUAGUUAGCCCUAUAUGUACCACAGGAAGUCCAAAAAUAGUAAACGUAAAGAAAAAACUCCUUGUUUAUUCGGAUGAUGAGAGAUGGUUACCUAUAGCAACCUCUCAUCACGAGCCAUCACUACGAGCAAAAUGUUGCUCGAUACUUGUAUAGUUAAUAUUGAAUAAAAGGUGUAAAUUAAGUUAUUUGUUUGUCGGGAAGGGGUCGUAGCAUGGGUCCUAUAGGGACAUCAACCAUCCCUUCUUCUUUAGAUCUCCACUGUGCCUGCAAACACAUAGUAUUAGUUAUUUCUUAACGUAAAAUCAGAAAAAGUGUCAGUAAACCUCCCGCCCUAAUAACAUGACCACGUUCAAAUUAGUUUGUAAGAUAAUCAGCCUUUAUAGUCGAACAAAAGCUAAAUCACUACUUUGUUGAACUGUAAUUGCAAACUUAUUCUAUAUGCUUAUUCUCCCUUCAUGCUGACGUGAGUCGUAUUUAAACAACAUGACAACAUAACCAAGAGGUAUAGUAAUCAUAUCGUGAUUUGACUCCAGCACGUUAGAUACAUCAAAUCAAUAUUAUGACGUUUCGGCGUCUUUUUGAUUGAGUAGGUAAAUUUAUGGUCCUUUGUUGUUGAGUUGAAAAGAUUAUUACCUACGAAAUACCUCGAACAGGGCUCCAUUGUUAUAGCUAGUCCAAGUGAAGAAUACUGGUUUAGUAGUGAUUAAAACAAUAUGCAUUGCAAAACAAAUUACCGAAACUUACAAAUUAUCAAGCUUUAUUAAACAAACAAUUCUU